AGUACUUGCGUGCUAUCGUCUCAUUUGCCCUACGACGUUUCUGCCUAAGGAGAUUUCGCAGUCGUCUGCUUUGCCUACUUGUAUUCGUACGCUUGCUGCCUACCCACUGCACCUAUAAGUAUCAGCGAUACCUCUUCGCACCGGAGUCAUCCAUCGUAACCACAGCAUUUUAUCAUCGCAUCAUCAUGUUCUCAUCAAACCGCACGCGCCAUCAAGAAGGCAGCUUUUCGAAACAUCGCGCCUCCAAGUCCAAGUCACACAAGAAGAACCCCUCCUUCAGGGACUCACCGAGGAGAGUAGAACGAUUAGCACAGCAUGCCCAGGCAUCAUCGCCACAAUCGAACCAAACUUCUCCAACGCUAGGAAGUGCCAUCAUCACCAUUUCUGUCGGCCGCGAGCAGCGCCUCUUUGCAGCGCAUGAAGACGUUCUAUCCCAUUCUCCUUGGUUCCAGACUCUCUGCAGCGGCCAGUUCUUCCAGUCUACCAACAAACGCAUCGAACUACCCGACGAAGAGCCCGAAGUCUUCUCAUCGAUUCUCGAGUACCUCUACAAGGGUGACUACUACCCGCGCAUGGAAUAUGACAAGAAGCGAAACAGCUGGAAUCUGGAAGAUGGCGGCGCUGCCAACAACUCACACGAGGCCAUCGUUCAGUCUUCGGUUGGACCGAUACUGAAAGACACCGUCAUCUACUGUCAAGCCGACAAGUACGGACUCCAAGAACUGAAGAAGCUUGCGCUCAAGAAGCAAGGCCUCCAGUCUGGCAUCCAAUGCUCGACCAUCUUGACCUCCGCCCGUUACGCAUACGCCAACACUCCUGACAACGACUCGAAGCUUCGCGCACACUACCUCGCUCUCAUCAUCCGCGCCCGACACACCUUCAAGCGCAGCGGCACAAUGCAGAGCGAGAUGGAGAAUGGCGGCAAGCUCUUCUUCGACUUGUUCGUCGCCAUGGUCAACCACAUGGACGACCUUUCCGGGAAGUCGCCGCACUAAGUUGCUGCCAUCGCAUUUGAUCUUUUGAAGCUUCCCACAUAAGCUUGCUUUCCUUAUCGCAUCCGACUAAUGACCCCUUUCAUCUGCUAUUCCUUGCCCUUCCUGUAUAUACACCUUGCGUUCCAGCCUCGCGGCUAUGCCUUCUCUUCCCUGGGUUCUGCUUCGGUAUGGGUUUGUUU